UUCAAUCUGCGAUGCGCAUACCUACGUCACUUCACAAUCUUACUAUAUUGUAAAUUGAAUGACCUAGUACAAUUUCAGAUAGGACAGAUAUACACUGCAUAUUAACUUGGAUGUUAACAAAGUGUCGAAAUUUGUGAAUUUUCGGGACUGAGAAAAGACGAGUAAUGGGUUCCAACAGGAGAUGUGACACACGUGUUUUAUAUAUAAGUAUAGGUGUCGGCUCAUUAACUGCGUUUGUGGUAGGGAUUUUGAUUGGUCGUUUCGCAACAUGCCCUGAUGAAGAACCAGAAGAAAAACAAGGCUUAUACCUGCAAGGUGUUUCUGAGAAUCUAAUAAAAGAUGGAGAUCCAUUGAUAGGAGACGAAUUAAUGGGUAGCAUCAAUACAAACAAUAUUCGCGAAAAUCUGAGAAUGCUGACAGCGUUGCCACACUUGGCGGGGACAGAGCAGAAUCACAAGCUAGCCCGGGAAAUCAAACAGCACUGGGAAAAUGCCGGUCUCGAUCAUGUGACAAUGACUCCUUAUCGCGUUCUUUUGUCGUAUCCAAAUAUGAGCGAUCUGAACUACGUAGAGUUAUUAGACGAAAGGAAUCAGACGAAAUAUAAGUCAGACCUGAGAGAACCGGUGUUAACACCAGAAGAAAACGUCACCGGUGUUGUUCCACCAUUUAAUGCAUACUCUGCUCCAGGAGAUAUAUAUGGUGAUUUAGUGUAUGUCAAUUACGGAAGAGUUGAAGAUUACGAAUAUCUGGAGAACAAGACCAUCAACAUCAGUGGGAAAAUAGCGUUUGCUAGAUACGGGAAAAUUUUCAGGGGAGAUAAGGUGCACCUUGCGGAACUGAGAGGUGCUAUUGGAGUUAUUCUGUUUUCUGACCCGGAAGACGUAACAGAUGGUGAUAUUACAAAUGUUUACCCACACGAUUGGUGGCUACCACCAUCUGGAACACAGCGAGGAACAGUGUACAUUGGCGAUGGAGAUCCUUUGACAGCCGACUAUCCUGCCAUUGAGACAGCCUACCGUGAGUUAGAUCCCCAGAACUACUUACCCAGCAUACCUUGCCACCCUAUCGGAUAUGGCAUUGCUAUAAAUUUGAUGAGGAAACUCGGUGGCGAGAUGGUUCCAGAAAAUUGGCGAGGUGGAAUGAAUGUAACAUACAGAUUUGGAAAUAGUUUUCAAACAUCUGGAUGGAAAGCCCACAUCAAGGUGUCAACUAGUAACCAAAAUGUCACUACUUAUAACACUAUAGGCAUUAUUAAAGGGGAAAUUGAACCAGAUCGAUACGUACUACUUGGUAAUCAUAGAGAUGCGUGGGUAUUCGGAGGCCUCGAUCCAUCCAGUGGAACAGCUGUUAUGAUGGAAAUUGCCAGGGCUAUGGGUGAACUCGUCAAAUCAGGAAAAUGGCGACCACGUCGAUCGAUCGUAUUCUGCAGCUGGGGAGCGGAGGAAUACGGGCUCAUAGGAUCUACAGAAUGGGUGGAGCAUUAUACAAAAAGUCUCGGUGCAAGGGCUGUUGGCUACUUAAAUGUUGAUAUUGCCGUAGAAGGAAAUUUCUCACUCGAAGCUGAAGGAACCCCUAUGUUGUACAGUGCAUUAAUUAAAGCAACAAAAAAGGUAUCGAAUCCAAACGUUGCAGAAUACGAAGCAGGGCGAAAACGCGUUUAUGAUACAUGGAUGAAAACUUCUCCGGCGGCAAAGUUUAAACGACCCGAAAUAAGUUUACCAGGCGCAGGAAGCGACUAUGCGCCAUUUAGGGAUCGCCUUGGUGUCCCAGUGAUGGACAUAAGAUUUACAUGGAACAGACGUUUCAAAGUAUCAUCAUACCCAAUGUAUCAUUCUGCCUACGAGACGUUUUAUCUGGUUAAUAAAAUCAUGGAUAAAGGUUUUAAGUUUCAUACGGCCGUCGGACAAAUAUGGACAGAAGUUGCUCGAGAUUUGGCUGACAGUCUUAUAGUACCAUUUGAUAUAACCGAUUACUCUACUGUGCUCAAUGAUCUGGCUGAUACACUUUUAGCAAACUUUGGUCAAGAGAUGAGUGCAAACGGAUUAGAUACAGCUCUCCUACAAGCCGCAGUAGCUAAUUUUACACAAGCCGGAAAGGAUUUUAAAGCACAGAUUCAGGCAGCAAACUUAAACGAUCCUUUCGUGGUCCGACGUAUCAAUGAUCAGCUGAUGCAGCUGGACAGAGCCUUUCUUGAUCCAGCCGGCUUACCUGGAAGGCGACUUAAACGGCACAUUAUCUUCGCCGAGAGCACAAUAGACACCUACUCUGGGAGUAGUUUUCCUGGAUUGUCUGAUGCACUGACUGAAAUCCGAGUCGGAAAUAACAUAGAGAAACAAUGGGAAGAUGUGAGGAAACAUUUUUCAGUAAUUCUUUUCAGUAUUCAAUCAGCUGCUGGCACAUUGAAGGAUGUUUCCAAUUUUAUGUUUGAUUAUUGAAUACUGUAUCAGUAAACUGGUUAUGAAAGUAUGUUCUGUACAUAUGACAUAUGAUUAUUGUAUGAUCUUAUCAGCACAUUGUUUCAUUUGCUUGAUAACAAAAACAGUUUGGUCAGUUAAAAAUUUCACGUCACUGAAUAAGACUGGUAUUAGUGAGGAAAAAAUUAUUGCAACAUUGAUUGUAGAUAUGUAAGCAAUAUUUUCAAACGAAAUAUUUUUCAACAGAGUUUGAAGAGCUAUAUUAAGCAGUUGUUUGUUGUUUUAUUUUUCAAAUAAAAUUAACCUAUCUUC